AUGUAUACUAAAGGGAGGCUCGUGGCUGGCUCUCACAACAGGAAUGAGUUCGUGCUUAUCGAUGCUGAUGAGAUUGGAAGAGUGACGUCCGUGAAAGAGCUGAGCGUACAGAUGUGCCAAAUUUGUGGAGAUGAAAUCGAAUUCGGUGUAGAUGGAGAGCCUUUUGUUGCCUGCAAUGAAUGUGCAUUCCCCGUGUGCAGAUCGUGUUAUGAAUACGAAAGAAAGGAGGGUAACCAAUUAUGUCCCCAGUGCAAAACCAGAUACAAGCGCAUCAAAGGGAGUCCCAGAGUCGAUGGGGAUGAAGAUGAAGACGAAUUCGAUGAUUUGGAGCAUGAGUUUGACUAUAAUGGCAACCCUCAGCAUCUUACUGAAGUGGCUUUAUCUGCUCGACUUAACAUCGGCCGAAAUGCUUUGGGAAUUACAGUUCCAUCGGAGUUAGGUGGCUCGGCUAUUAACUCCGAAAUUCCUCUUUUAACCUAUGGUCAAGAGGAUGACACAAUUUCUGCCGACAAGCAUGCUCUUAUCAUCCCCCCUUAUAUGAGCCGUGGGAAUCGAGUCCAUCCUAUGCUAUUUACAGAUUCCCCGAUGACCCUGCCAACACGAGCAAUGGAUCCGAAUAAGGACUUAGCGGUUUAUGGGUAUGGUACUAUUGCAUGGAAGGAAAGAAUGGAGGAAUGGAAAAAAAAGCAGAAUGAGAGACUUCAGGUGGUUAAGCACCAAGGUGACAAUGGUGGUUUCGAUGGAGAUGAGUUGGACGAUCCCGAUUUACCCACGACGGAUGAAGGCAGGCAGCCACUUUCGAGAAAGCUCCCGAUUCCCUCGAGUAGAAUAAAUCCUUACAGGAUGGUAAUUCUACUCCGCUUGGCGAUUCUUGGCUUGUUCUUUCAUUACAGAAUUCUCCAUCCCGUUCAUGAUGCGUAUGGUUUGUGGCUGACGUCGAUUGUUUGCGAGAUAUGGUUUGCCGUCUCGUGGAUAUUCGACCAGUUCCCAAAGUGGUCCCCUAUCGAACGAGAAACGUACCUUGAUCGUCUCUCACUCAGGUAUGAGAAAGAAGGCAAGCCCUCAGAGCUAGCUCCCGUUGACAUAUUUGUGAGUACGGUCGAUCCAAUGAAGGAACCUCCUCUUAUUACUGCAAACACAGUCCUCUCCAUACUUGCUGUCGAUUACCCGAUCGACAAGGUUGCAUGCUACGUAUCUGAUGAUGGGGCAGCCAUGCUCACCUUUGAAGCCCUCUCCGAGACUUCCGAGUUCGCCCGCAAGUGGGUCCCAUUCUGCAAGAGGUUUUGCAUCGAGCCACGGGCCCCGGAGUGGUACUUCGCUCAGAAGGUCGACUAUUUGAAGGACAAAAUCGAGCCCCUUUUUAUCAGGGAACGCCGUGCAAUGAAGAGAGAAUAUGAGGAGUUUAAAGUUCGAAUAAAUGGACUGGUGGCCAUGGCCCAGAAAGUUCCGGAGGACGGUUGGACCAUGCAAGAUGGAACUCCUUGGCCUGGAAACAAUGUCAGGGAUCAUCCUGGAAUGAUCCAGGUGUUCCUCGGCCAAAAUGGCGCCCGGGAUGUUGAGGGGAACGAGUUGCCCCGCCUUAUAUACGUUUCUCGUGAGAAAAGGCCAGGACACGAGCAUCAUAAAAAGGCUGGUGCCAUGAAUGCUUUGAUACGAGUGUCAGCUGUCAUUUCAAAUGCCCCUUACCUGCUCAACGUCGACUGUGAUCACUAUAUAAAUAACAGCAAGGCCCUUAGGGAAGCCAUGUGUUUCAUGAUGGACCCACAAUCCGGGAAGAAGAUAUGCUACGUGCAGUUUCCUCAAAGAUUUGAUGGAAUUGAUAGACAUGACAGAUAUUCCAACCGUAAUGUCGUCUUUUUCGACAUAAAUAUGAAAGGCCUUGACGGGAUCCAAGGUCCCAUUUAUGUGGGAACUGGAUGUGUCUUCAGGAGGCAAGCUCUGUACGGAUAUGAUGCCCCGAAGAAGAAAAAACCACCCAGGAAAACGUGCAAUUGUUUGCCAAAAUGGUGUUGCUGCUGUUUUGGAUCGAGAAAGAGGAACAAGAAAGGAAAAUCCAAUGAGAACAAGAAAACUACAAAAAAUCGAGAAGCUUCUUUGACUCAGAUUCAUGCACUUGAGAAUAUCGAGGACGGAGCUAAAGAAGCUGGCAGUGAAAAUAGAUCAGUAAUGCCGCAGAUUAAAUUCGAAUCGAAAUUUGGUCAAUCUCCCGUGUUUAUCGCAUCAACUCUUAUAGAAGAUGGCGGUGUUCCACACGUAGUAACAUCUGCCUCACUGCUGAGAGAAUCUAUUCAUGUCAUUAGCUGUGGUUAUGAAGACAAAACUGAAUGGGGAAAAGAGGUUGGAUGGAUUUACGGUUCUGUGACUGAAGAUAUUUUAACCGGUUUCAAGAUGCAUUGCCAUGGAUGGCGAUCAGUUUACUGCAUGCCCAAAAGGCCAGCAUUCAAAGGGUCGGCCCCAAUAAAUCUUUCAGACCGUCUGCACCAGGUUCUUAGAUGGGCUUUGGGCUCGGUCGAAAUCUUAUUGAGUCGACACUGUCCGAUUUGGUACGGUUAUGGUUGCGGUCUGAAACCGCUCGAGAGAUUCUCUUACAUAAAUUCGGUCGUCUACCCCUUAACCUCACUCCCACUGAUCACAUACUGCACCUUGCCCGCAGUUUGUCUCCUUACCGGCAAAUUCAUUGUCCCUGAGAUAAGCAACUACGCGAGCUUAGUCUUCAUGGCACUCUUUGUGUCGAUUGCUGUCACGGGAGUCCUCGAGAUGCGGUGGGGUCGAGUGGGCAUCGAUGAUUGGUGGCGAAACGAGCAGUUUUGGGUUAUAGGUGGCGCCUCCUCUCAUUUUUUCGCCCUCAUUCAGGGCCUUCUAAAGGUCCUUGCCGGAGUCAACACCAACUUCACGGUCACCUCAAAGGCGGCGGACGAUGGGGACUUCUCGGAACUGUACCUCUUCAAGUGGACAUCCCUUUUGGUCCUGCCCAUGACUCUGAUGAUCAUCAACUUUGUCGGGGUAGCGGUUGGGGUCUCCAAUGCCAUAAACAACGGGUACGAGGCGUGGGGCCCGCUGUUCGGGAAGCUGUUCUUUGCGUUGUGGGUGAUUGUGCAUCUGUACCCGUUCCUAAAGGGUUUCGUAGGGAGGCAGGAUCGGCUGCCGACCAUCAUUGCUGUGUGGUCGGUGUUGCUGGCAUCGAUUUUCUCGUUGCUGUGGGUCCGGGUAGACCCGUUCCUGUCGAGGGAUGGGGUCGUGUUGGAGGUUUGCGGGCUCGAUUGUGAUUAA